AUGACUAAAAUAGACAUUACAAAAGAGAGCAACAUACGUAAAGGAUUUGAGGAAUCUGGAAUAUUUCCUUUCAAUGCUUCAAGGGUGACAAUACCAACAUUACGAGAAGAAAAUACUAGUCAGUUUGAUGCCAGCCUUCUGGAGUUUUUACAGCAAAAUAGGCGAUUACAGCUAAUGAAAACUGACAAAAACAGCAAGCUUACAGUCGUACCCGGUAAAUCUAUAUCAACCGAAGAAGCAGAAGAGCUUGCUAAAACUAAAAAGGUGAAAAAGCAUACAAGAACAACUAAACAGAAAGAGAAAAAGGAUGUAAGUUUACCGGGAUCUUCAAAAUUAACUACUGUAAAAAAGAAAAUAAAGUAUACUGAAACUAAAAGCCUUGGAUCAAACGAUACCUACGAGCUAGACGCUACCUUCGAAGACAACUAG